AUGAAAUAUAAACUCCUAUUGGUAAUAGCAUUUGGCGUUUUUUCCUUUUUAUCCAUUUCUAAUUGUUAUAUUAUAAAAUACAUUAAAUUGAAAGGUGAAAAUAGCUUUUUAUUUCAUAAAGAGAAAAAAAAAAAAAAAAUUUAUGUAAAAAAUGGUUGGCAUAAUAGCUCGAAAAAUGACUAUAGAAAAGAGAAAAAAGUAUUUCAAAUUUUGAAUUCAUUUUCAUCAAAUCCAAAUUCAGAUGAUGAAACAGAAAAAAGUCAGGGAAUAAAAAACAACAUCUUUAAUAUUAAUCCUAAUUAUAAUGAGGAUGAUAGUAAAGCGGAUAAAGAAAAGGAGGAAAGUAAAUUACCAUCAACAUCAGAAUUGAAAGAAAAUGAACAUGCAAAUAGUCACUUCUCAUGUAAUCAAACAUCCCUUGAUGAAUCUGAAGAUGGAAUAAACAAAUCAGAAAACUCUUAUGAAACCGAAUGUAAAAAUAAUGUAGAAGCAUGUGAUAGAGAUGAUCAAGGGAUAGAAAAAGAAGAGAUGGACGAAAAUAAAAAAUAUGCAAAAAAUAUAAAAUAUAAUGAUUUAAAGAUUAUUCGAAAUUUGCCAUUAAUAUCAAUUAUAGGGCGACCUAAUGUAGGGAAGUCUACGAUAUUUAAUAGACUUACACGUAAAUUUCAAGAGGGUAGUAUAGUUUUAGAUAAACCAAGUACAAGAGAUAAAUUUUAUGGAAAAUCGGAAUGGGAUGGAUAUAGAUUUGAGGUUGUUGAUACAGGGGGAUUAUUAUUUGAAGAUGAAAAUUUUUCUAAAGAAAUUAGGGAUCAAAUUUUAUUAGCUCUUGAAGAGUCUUCUGUUGUUCUAUUCGUUGUUGAUGGUAUAAAUGGUGUGCAUCCUGUUGAUCUUGAAAUAUGUCGAUUUCUCAGGAAAUUUAUUAAAAAAAAAUAUAAUAAAAUAAUUUCUAAACAAUCUAAAAAUGGUAAACAUGAUGAAUCGAAAGGAGAGUCCCUAAAAAAUGAUCAGCAAAAAACAUAUUGCAAUAAUAUUGACAAUAAUAAUGAAAAUCCGACUGAUAAUCCAUCCCAAAACUGCUUAUCCGAUGCAAGUAAUGAAAUAAAUUGUAAUAAAUCGGGGGCAUCUCAAAAUGAGGAGCAUCUUUCGGAUGAUACAAAUAAGAUUGAAGAGGAAACUCCAAAGCAAAAUGAACUUUUAAAGGUUAUUGUUUGUGUUAACAAAUGUGAAUCUUAUAAAGACGGAUAUAUUAAAGCACAAAACUUUUGGGAGUUAGGAUUUGAAACACCAUUCCCAUGUAGUGGUAUACACGGGAACGGGUUAUCUGAAAUAUUAGAUGAAUGCAUAAAAUAUAUAAAAAAGGUAAAAAUAAAUGAAUUAGAAGAAGAAGAAAAUGAAGAAAAUACAAUUAAUAUUAGUUUUAUAGGGAAACCAAAUACUGGUAAAUCUAGCAUAUUAAAUAAAAUAUUAAAUUGUAAUCGUUUUAUAGUUUCUCCAAUAGCUGGAACAACUAUAGAUUCAAUUGAUGUUUUAGUUAAAGGGAAAGAUGAUAAAAGAAUUUAUAGACUUAUUGAUACAGCUGGUAUACAAAAAAGAAAAAAAAAUGUUCCAUUUAAUGAAAAAACGAAAUUUGAAUAUUUAUUAUUUAAUAGAACUGAAAAGGCUAUAAAAAGAAGUGAUGUAUGUAUACUAGUUAUUGACUCAUUUAAUGGGAUUAGUAGUCAUGAUAUAAAUAUUGCAAGAAAAAUAUUGGAAGAAAAUAAAAGUUGUAUAAUUUGUUGUAAUAAAUGGGAUCUAAUAUAUAAUAAAAAUGAUAUAUUUAAUGACACAAAAAAUUAUGUACUUAAUCUUUUAAAGCCUAUAGAUUUUUCGGAUGUUUUAUUUGUAUCAGCCAAAACAUCACAAAGAUUAUCAAAUAUAUUUCAACAUGCAGAAGAAGCUUAUAAAAAUUACACCCGACGAUUAAAUACUAAUACUUUAAAUCAAAUUAUAAAAGAAGCACUUUUGCUUAGGCCCCCUGUCCCUAUAAAAGGAAAAACAUUAAAUAUAUAUUAUGCUAUUCAAGCACAUAUUAAACCACCUGGAUUUGUUUUUUUUUGUAAUUCUGAAAAAUCCGCAUAUUUAAAUUAUACUAAAUAUUUGGAAAAUAGAAUAAGAGAAGCAUUUAAUAUACGUGCAACCCCAAUCAAAAUUUAUUAUAAACAAAAGAAAAAAAGACGCCUUUUGAAAAAAUUCAAAGAUCCAGAUAAAUAUAACCUUGAUAUUCAAGAUAUUCAAAAAAAAUUUCUUGAAAGCCAAGCUCAAAAGAAUGCCCUUAGUGAUUCCAAAAAGGGAGUGUAA